AUGUCUGCUGUGCAUUAUAAGUUCUUCUCCAAGCUGAAGUACGAUAUAGUCACCUUCGACGGCCUCCACAUCUCCCUCCGCGACCUCAAGUGCCGGAUCAUGGGCUGUGAGAAGCUGAAGGCGGCCAACUGUGACCUGCAGAUCAGCAACGCCCAGACCGAAGAAGAAUACACAGAUGACAAUGCCCUGAUUCCUAAGAACUCAUCGGUGAUUGUCAGAAGAAUCCCUGUUGGAGGAGUUAAAGCUACCAGCAAAACCUCUGUUAGAAGUCGAACUGAGCCAGUGAGUGGAACAUCAAAAGCGGUAUGUAAAAUCACAGUCUCACUUUUUUACCAGGACAAAAGUUUGGAGUCUGUUCCCAGAAUUAAAAAGAGCACAGGAAUUCCAAGGAGUUCCACACCAAGGAUGGAGGUGAAAGAUCCCAAAACAAAGGGUGCUAUGCUGACAAACACUGGAAAAUACGCCAUACCAACUAUUAAUGCGGAAGCUUCUGCUAGAGGAAAGAAGGAAAAGCCGCCCUUUUUACCCUCAUCCUCUGAUGAUCCGAUUCCGGAUGAGUUGCUGUGUCCCAUUUGUAGAGAUACGAUGACCGAUGCAGUUGUUAUUGCCUGCUGCAGAAACAGUUUUUGUGGCGAAUGUAUUAGAACAGCAUUACUGCAAUCGGAGGAACAUACGUGCCCAGCAUGUCAUCAGGCAGAUGUUUCUCCUGAUGCUUUAGUUGCCAACAAGUGCCUACGCCAGGCUGUGAACAACUUCAAAAGUGGAACUGGCUACAGAAAGCGGAUUCAGCAGCAACAGCAGUGGCAGCCGCCACCGCCACCACCUUCACCACCACUCGUGAGACAAGCAAUAACCCGCAACCUGCAGCCUCUGCUCCGGCCAAAAAUGUCCAGACAGCAGGCGCCACUAAUGAUUUCGUUAGCUUCUCUGGCUUCUCCUUCUGCUUUGGCAUCGUUGGCCCCUGGUCUGUCACCUGUGGCAGCCUGGCUGCCAGUAAGUCCCUCUUCUGUCAUUGUCCCUGAUCUCCCUCCAGCAGUGCCCCUACCUCUCCGUGCUGAAAAGCCAGAUAGACCUUCUUGCGAUGCUGAUACUGUUAUACCUCCUGGUGCUCUGGUGACUGCUGCUGAGCUUUCUAGAUCUUCCUCUCUGUCAGUCAGCAGUUUGUUGGAAGAGAAGGGCUGUCAGAUUCCUGUACUAAGACAACCAGCAUUACCAAGUCUUCUGGGCCCCCAAGGGCAAUCAAUGCCCACGACUGGUCAUCCAACGAGAGCCAGUACACCUCGCUCGGCGGGUGGCAGACCAGGCUGGGACCUAAGUUCCAGUCGAGGACGCCUGCGUGGUGAACGUACCCAGAGGACCCAAGCCCCAACGCUACCAGCAUCAACAGCAGUCUUCGUGCCAGCGCCCCCGCCUUCUUUGUACCCUCCACCACCCCAAGCACUUCCUCUUCUACCGGGGGCACUACGACCACAGUUUCCUCCCCAGUUUCCACCUGGUCAGCCGCCAUCUGCCAGCUACACUGACUCCCCUCCAGGAUAUCCCCCAGCUCCUGCAAACACGUCAUCAGCCUGGGUCCCAACAGCAGUACCAACGGCGCAUUCCGAUCCCAUCCCAGUGACAGAAGCUCCUCCCUUAUCUAGGGAGGAGUUUUACAGAGAACACCAGCGACUGGAAGAGGAGUCAAACUCUAAUUGUAAUAAAGGUCAAACGAAUGCUUUUGCUAAGGAGUUGAUGGAAUAAAAGGUGCAAAAGGAGCGCAGGCGUUCAUUUUCCAGGUCCAAGUCUCCCUGUGGUGCUUCAUCCUACUCCAGAAGUUCACAUACCUACUCCAAGUCAAGAUGGGGUUUUUCCCACUCCUGCUCCUACUCUCGAUCAUUUAGACGUUCCCAUUCUCGUUCCGACUCGCGAUCGCCACCCUGUCCAAGAAGAGGCAAAGGGAAGAGUCCUAACUAUCGUUCUAGAUCAAGGUCCCGUAGUUAUCACUGUUCAAAGUCAAGGUCACCCCCAUACCCAAGAUACUAUUCUGAUGCAAAACCUGAAAAAAGGAAAAGAAAAGUAGAUGAAAAGGUUGAUAAAGAUCAUGAAGCCACCUACAUAAAGGCCUCUAAACCAGAAACUGCUGAAUCGAAAACAUGUCCGAAGGGGAAGACUGAGCCUGAUGGUGAAAAAGGAGAGCGACCUCCAGAAGGGGAUAAAUCUGCUUUUCUUAACAACCCUGCAAAAAAGAUUGAACUUAACCAAGAAACUGGCAAAAUGAUGGUGAGUGGAGAAAAUGUGCCACCUGCGAAAGAACCUGCUGAGAAACCUGAGCCGAGCAGCAGCAAAGUUAAACAAAAGAAAGCAAAGGGAGAAGUGAGAAGAAAAGUAACAGCAGCUGAUGGAUGUAGUUCAGCUCUUGUAAACUACACCAGCAGUAGUUCUACGGGAGGAAGUGCCGUUAGAAAGACCGAAGAAGAGCCAGAUACAAAAGGAGGCGUCGUUGAGGCAAUGGAGGAGCACAGUAAUGAUAUCCCAGCCCCAGCUGAAGACGUCAUGAAGCUGAAGCCUGAAGCAAGGGGAAGUCACAGUCUAAGCAGUCCCCGUGUUAGCCACAGCCGCGGUCAAAGCCCUUCUGAGAGUUGGACUCGAAGGCACAGGGGCAGUGCCAGCUCAGCAGCGAGUCACGGCAGCAAGAAAAAGAAAAAGAAAAAAGAGAAGCAGCAGCACAAGAAGCACAAGAAACACAUUGGAAACAACAUGGAAUUGGGAAAGAGGCAAAAACACAAGCACAAGAAGAAAACAAUGAAGAAGAGCAAAGAGAAAGAAAGAGGACCAAAAAGUGAAAUCCGUCACUACACAGAAUGACAGAUAAUUUAAAAAAGACUGAAUUCCCAAGGGAUCUGUACUAAUUUUUCCUAAAAUGUAAACAAAUUUGGGCAUUGCAAAUAAUGACACGGAAAGAGCCUGUGCUGCACUUCCAAUUUUGCUGCUUGAUUAUUUCAUUUUUACAUCAGAGCUUUGUAAGAGUGAGUAUUUUGUACAGAGUUGUUAGUUGUGACCAUGUAACACAAAAGGUUUACUGGGGCAUCUUAUUUUUAGCCACCGUUAAAUAGUUUAGGUGGAGUUUUCUGUACUGUGAAAAUUUUCCUAGUUGAAGGUUUUUUUAGUUGCCUGGCAGAAGCAGCUGGUAUCAGUUAUAAAAUACCAGCGGAAUGAUUUGCGGAGACAUUACAGCCCUCUUAUGUCACUUUUUGAUGAGAAUAAAACUUUUUCGGUAAACUGUCCAAUGUGAGAUUUCCAGAGAUAGCUGAACAUUAGCAAAGGUCAGUGACUUUUAGCAAAGGUCAGCCUUCUUUGCUUCGGUCUUUACUGCUCAGGCCAGCCCUCA